ACCUCGUUGCACUGCUGAGAGCAAGAUGGGUCACCAGCAGCUGUACUGGAGCCACCCACGAAAAUUCGGCCAGGGUUCUCGCUCUUGUCGCGUCUGUUCAAACCGGCACGGUCUGAUCCGGAAAUAUGGCCUCAAUAUGUGCCGCCAGUGUUUCCGUCAGUACGCGAAGGGUAUCGGUUUCAUUAAGUUAGACUAAAUGAUCUUCCUUCAGAGGAUUAUCCGAGGCAUCUACUCAAUGAAAAACCAUGAUAAUUCUUUGUACGUAAAAUAAACAUUUGA